UGGAGGUACAGCAAUCGGAGGAGGCGACGGUACCGGGUGGUAGCCACCAACAGCAGCCGACCUCGGCCUGUGUAGCCAGCGCUUCUGGCAGCGGUAAUCCAAGGAACAGCGCCGGUAUCGAGCUCAGCGACGACGAGGAAUGGAGCAGCCUCGUCGAGCGUGCUGUUCUCGAGAGGACAAAGUCGGACCGGUCGACGCGAAGCGACGAGAAUCGGCGAAGGCGCACCAUUAUCGUCGAAAAGAAGAAUGGCACGUACGGCUUCACGUUACAGAGCUACGGCAUUCACUACAAGAGGGAACAGGAGAUCGAGAUGGUGACGUACGUGGACUACGUCGAGUACGACGGGCCGGCCUUCAAGGCGGGAAUGCGCGAGGGCGACGUCAUCAUCUCGAUAAACGGCCAGGAGAUGGACCGCGCGGAUCACAAGACCCUCGUCAACUUCAUCAAAAACUGCGACUCCCGCAUGCGAAUGGUCGUCUCGUUCGAGGAUUGCGUCAGAAAGGUUGAGCUCCACAUGCGCUACAUCGAGCUACAGCGCAUGCUACAGGGCCGACUGAGCGAGCUCGAGCGCCUGUGCGAGCGGGAGCGCUCGAUCCUGAUGGGCCGCUGGAAGACCCACUCGUUGCCGGCCCGCAAGCGCACCCCGAGCACCCUACAAUCGGACGCCGGUCCCUCGUCCAGCGCAACCCUCGGCUCUUCGGUUACGGUCUCCUCGGGCUGCUGCAGGCCUGCCUCCUCGACCGAGCACCUUUUGCUCUACAGCGUGUACGCCGACGGUCGGUCCUUCCUCAUACCGCGGAACUCGGCGUGCCUCGUGGCCGUUGGACCCCCCCGUUCUCGCAGUGACAACCACCACUUUCUCUCCAACGUCUCGGUGCACGAGUCCGCCACGGCGACCCCGACCACGUCGUCCCGGCACAGCUACCACCAGGCCUCGUCCUCGUCUAACGGCCUCCUUAGCAACAACACACCCUCCAAGGGCAAAAGCAAGGCUAAUUCUUCGUCCCACGGCAGCAACGGCAAACUCAAUCAGCAGCAGCAGCAACAGCAACAACAACAACAUGCCCAAGCGACGCAUCAAACGCAGACGCAGCGAGAGCAGCGGGACGCGCAGCAGCAGACCCAGUCCCGGGAUCACCAGCACAACUGUUCGCGUGCCUCGGGUCACAGUUUGCACUCGAUAGCGAGCAGUGACGUGUCGGCUGCCGACACGGUUUCGUGCACGACGAGCCUCAGCACGGACACCCUCUAUUGGGACCCGAACGUUCAGCACAGGCCGCCGCCCUGUUUACAGUACGCCAAGCCCAAGUCGUGGGACAACUUGGCGACCAAGGCCUUUGGCGGCUAUGGCUUUGGAUACGGCUACCUCGACACCGCCAAGGCGACCCACAGUGCCGAGCGGCCAUCCAAAGCUGCGUCGCACCACGGCCGCGCAAAAACCCCAACUUCCAGUAGCUGCUCGUCGCAGCAACCAUCACAACGAAGAACCUCAAGCACACAAGUGUACUCGGGCAGUAGUCGGCACUUUCAGCCAACAAAGUCGACGGAGAGCCUUUUAAUCGCAACGCCUUACCCGAGCGAGCUUGACGCGACGCUGAGCUGCGAGUGCUUGGACGGGCCGAGUCCACGAUUCAUCGCCGUCCAGCUGGAGAAGCACAAGCGCCAGAACGACUCGUUUCGCUCCGAGGGACAUGCCCAUUCCAGGCACCGAAGGUCCAGCCACUCGGACGCCAAACAGCGGUCUUCCAAUAGCCUGGAAAUCACGAGAUUGUAAUAUGUUGGGGAUCUACUCUUUCUCAUACUGUAUUUAUAUGCGAGAGAACCAAGGUUUUUCAUGUAUUGUGU